AUGGCCGGAUAUGCCAUUGCCUCCAGGUAUAGUGGCCGCCUUUCACUGAUGACUGCUAUUCCGAGACGAUUCUCAGCCACGGUGAACUUGGCUGGUCGCUCUUUAAACGAAUGUCGACAGCAAUUCGAAUCAAUGUGGCAGACGCAUCAGUCUCAACCUCCACUUCGUCCACCAGAGUCAUGGCAGGCUCCCCUCCCACCAACUGCAUUUCCAGCUACCCAAGCCGGCCCAGCAAACGUGAGUUUUCACCACCCGCCUCACGACAGCUUCGGGUCACGGAAACGACCGCUUUAUCCCCCAGAGAGGCCUCCUAAUUUUCCGCGAGCGAUCCAGCCUCGACCGCCCCUUGGUGGUGGACAAUUGAGUAGCGAGAGUGGCUCUCCAGGCCCGACUUCUCCAGGUUGGAGUGAAGGCGUUAUUGGUAAAGGCGGAGAACCUCCACGAAAGCGCGGUCGACCGAGUAAGGCAGAAGCCGAACGGCGCAAACUAGAGGCGGAAGCCCGUGGUGAGAGCUAUCCAACACCUCGACGCAGGACCUCAAUGGGCAAGCUCCCAGUCACUCCUUCGGGAGCAGCUAGCGCUACGAGCGAUAGUUCAAUGGUUUCGCCAAUGAUGACUGCACAGACCCCGGAAAUGUCCAAGCAAGAGAAGGCGCUGGAGACACCUGCGACAAGAGACGGGUCGACAUUGAACCCUCCAUCACAUAUUCCAGAAGUGGUGCCUGAUACAGAUCCAGUGAGGGGGAUAAUUCGGUCACAGACGGGUCAAGAUCGCAGACUGCCGCAUCCUCGUGAAUUCUCUUCCCAAGCAGCACUACCUCACGAGUCAAUGUAUCCCCAAACUAGAGCUUUGGAGCAUCAUUAUCACAGCGUGUCUACGUCACGACCAGAGGAGAACACUAUGCAACCAACAACAGUCCGUCAUAUAAUUCAGCAGCCAGAAGCGGAAACUCAUUCGAGUGGGGGAGGAUAUUUGCCGGCAAUAACUCACCCUGGAGGAACGACGACGUGA